AUGAGGAGUCAGAAAUUGCUAGCGCUGGGCUCACGCGUCGCAGACCACGCCAUCCCAGACCGUCUCUGUGAGGCAUAGCUCUGUCCAUCUCCGGCGGUGGAAGCAGAUUCCGCAAGGCUGAGCGAGGUCUGUCGAGUAGGAAGAGGGGGACUUGCAUCAAGAUUGAGGAUGGAAGAGCCACAGGGGUUUUUCUCCACUGGUGACGGCUGCGUCGGUGACACGGUCACAGAAAGGUGCCUGGUCGAAUCUAAGGAGCCCGUGUCCCAUGUUCAGCUUGCUUGUGGCCUGUGGUUCUGCGCUUUCCCUUUAGAUGGGAAUGAACUUUGCGUGUGGAGCACCAAGGACCCUUCUUACCAGCCUCUAAUCCUAAGAGGGCACCGUCAGCCGAUCACUGCUGUGACAUUUGGAAAUACAGUGAGUCCACUUCUCAUCUGUUCCGCAUCACAGGAUUCUGUUAUGUUGUGGAGUCUGGAUGAGUGCAGACAGAAAGUGCUUCUAGGGCUGACUCCUCGAGGGCUCGUCCUGGGCACUCUUCUGGGGAAGGCGCUGUAUUUGAGGCUGAGCCCGGAUGACCGAGCAGCUGCGGUGUGUGCCGGGAAUAAAAUCUUUAUGCUGGAUACCGAGAGCCGGUCUACACUAGCUGUGCUGGAGGGUCACCGGGGCCCCGUGACUGCAGCUGAGUUCUGUCCAUGGCAAACACAUAUCAUCAUUUCAGUGUCUGAAGACAGAAGCUUUAAGGUCUGGGACCAUCACGCGGGAUCACCACUGUACAGCUCAGCAGUGCUAACAGCCUCCCCGCUCCUGAGUCUCCUCGUGGAUGAAAAGAGCCAGCAGUUGGUGGUGGGAUGUGCAGACGGGCAGCUCUGGAGUGUUCAGUUGGUGAAGACAUCAUGCUCGUUGUAAGUUGACCUAAAGAAGAAGAGAGAGACUUUCUCCAGGAUCGAGUCCAGGUUGUGCAGCCUGCCAGAGAAUCGGCGUCCCUGUGCACACGGCCUGGAGAAAGGAGAGGACAUGGAAGGAAGCCUGCCUGUCCUGGGCCUGGCUCCCUGUGGCCUUUCGCUCCUGCUCAGUUCUGAGUGUGGAUGCCUGCCUUCUGAGAGUGCCCCGUGCCUGUGGGUUGGCAGCUCCUCUGGCUUACUCAUACUUAACUUGGUGAACUUCGAAUUGGAAGGCGUUUUACGUUACAAGGAUUUCAGGAGCCUCAGCAUUCAGGUUGCCGGAUCGUGCGCAAUGAUGAGCAAGGCUGGCGAGCAAGGUGAGCCCUGAAACGCCAUCUGCUUACUGACGUCCGUGUUUGGCGGUCAGAUCGCCGUGCUGGAAAUCCGUCUCGCGGCUCUGGUGCGGUCUCGGCAAGGUCUCGGCGCCGGAAGGAGCCUGUCGGUGCUGCCUCGUGGCUGUGUCCUGUCCACGUCUCCGCUGCACUUCAGAAUUGCUGAGGAGCACAGGACCCCACCGGCGCCUCAGCGACGUAACAUCUACUUUUUAAACACGUUUCACACGGCGGUACGGAGCACCGUUCAGGACCAGCCUCUGGUUUUCCACGGCAAAGUGAGGUCAUCUGGGUAUGCGACCGCCCCGCACGUCACUAUGUUUUCACCCAAGACCAACACCAGGAAUAACGGUGACAGCCCUUCACGCCGCAGGAGCAGUCACAGGUGUAAGGAGUACCCUCUGGAGAGUUCUCCACCAACCAGACUCCACAAGCAGCGUGUGCUUGCCCACGGGCCAGCCGCCGCGCUCUGUGUCCAGUUCUCGGGAGAUGGGCGGUGGCUGGCCUGUGGCUUAGCCAACCACUUGUCGCUGGUCUUCCAUGCUGAUCUUACUGGGACACCUGCUGUCUUCUCAGGUCACGACGGGGCAGUGAGCACCGUGUGCUGGAGUCAUGACGGCCGGUGGCUGCUGUCCACUUCCCUGGAUGGGAUGCCGAGGGUGUGGUCGCUGCGUAGGGCGGAGCUCGUGCUGUGUGUGGGCAGAGACCUGUUCCCGAAGCCCAUCCAGUCCGCCCAGUUUUACUACCUGGACGCUUUUAUAUUGUGUUCUCCUGGCCCUGAACUUCAGCUCCUGAAGUGUCACAUUGACACGAGCAAGGAUGAGAUAAGAAGCCCCCAGUUCUGUGCAGCCAGGCUCCCCACAGCUGGGCUCAACAGAGACAUCACCAGCCUGUCCGGCCGCGUGAACCACUUUUAUUCCGUAUCCUACCUGGUGCUCACCGCGGGCCGGGACAAGACCGUGGAGGUGUUCGACCUCAAUGCGGGCCGCAGUGCAGCCGUGAUAGCGGAAGCCCAUUCACGGCCUGUGCACCAAAUCUGUCAGAAUAAGGGAUCAUCAUUCACGACCCAACAAUAUCAGGUUUAUAACCUUUUUGCCACCACAGCCAUUGGCGAUGGGAUAAAGCUGUGGGACUUGAGAACCCUGAGAUGUGAGCGCCGUUUUGAAGGACAUCCGAACCACGGAUACCCACGUGGAAUUGCUUUUAGCCCUUGUGGACGCUACGUGGCUUCUGGUGCCGAGGACAGACACGCGUACGUGUAUGAAAUGGGCUCGAGCACAUUUUCUCACAGACUGGCCGGACACACGGACACCGUCGCUGGCGUGGCCUUCAGCCCGUCAGCCCCCCAGGGAGACAGACGUGGGAACCAGACCUUUGCUGGGGGAGAAAGGGAAGCGCAGGGCGUGUUCUUCCGCGUGGCGGCCUGUGUCAUCCCGUUCGCCUGCUGGGAGCCGAGCUGCGGGGAACGCGGGCGGGCCGAGUCCCAGGGCAGCUUGCCACCACCACCCUGGACGGCAAACUGCAGCUGUUUGUGGCUGAAUAACUCACCGUGGGCCGGUGCGCCGCGGGCGCGAGGGGGACGUGGCCAAGGCUGCUGGAUCCCGAGCCGCUGCCGCCCCGCGUCCCUCAUGCUGGCAAGGUCUCCCGCCCCGCGGGACGGUCCCCCUUCCCGGAGACGGAGUUGGCCUCCAGCACUCGUGCGCAGAACGUGGUGA